AUGGUCAACGUUUUCUCCGUGCAGGUAUUCUUCAUUGUCUUUCGAGAAUGUCUCGAGGCUGUCAUCAUUGUCUCAGUCCUUCUGUCUUUCCUCAAGCAAUGCUUGGGCCAGCCAGGCCAGGACCAAGUGAUCUAUAAACGACUGCGAAAGCAGGUCUGGAUGGGAUCGAUUAUAGGAGUGAUAUUCUGUUUAUGUAUCGGAGCCAUCUUCAUCGGACUCUUCUAUGGCUUAGGCCACGAUGCUUGGGCUGACUCGGAAGAGUUGUGGGAAGGUAUCUUCUAUCUGAUUGCUACGAUCAUGAUCACCAUUAUGGGCCUUGCUCUUCUGCGCAUCAACAAGACAAAGGAGAAGUGGCGCAUGAAGAUUGCGAAGUCUCUGGUCGAAAAGAGUGAAGGAAAAUCACGGUGGAUGCGCAGCGACUGGGGUCGCCGCUAUGCCAUGUUCAUCUUGCCCUUCAUCACGACCAUGCGUGAGGGUGUCGAGGCUGUCGUGUUUGUUGGAGGCGUGUCACUCGGAUACCCUGCUACAGCAUUUCCUCUGCCCGUAAUCACCGGUAUCAUGGCUGGAUUGCUCGCCGGCUGGCUCAUCUACCGUGGAGGAAAUGUGAUGUCAAUCCAGAUUUUCCUUAUCGCCUCGACCUGUGUCCUGUAUCUCAUUUCAGCUGGCAUGUUCUCCAAGGCCAUCUGGAGCUUGCAAUACUACCAGUUUGUUGUCGGAGUGGGAAGUGAUGUGGGAGAGACGGGCUCUGGGCCCGGCUCCUACAACAUUCUUCAGACUGUCUGGCAUGUCAACUGCUGCAAUGCCGAACUUGAUCAUGGCUGGGAUGUGUUCCAGUCCAUCUUGGGAUGGCAGAAUACCGGUACCUAUGGUUCCGUUAUUGGAUAUAACGUUUACUGGAUCUUCAUCAUGGCCUGUAUUGCCUGGAUGUUGUAUGAAGAGCGGACCGGACGAGCCCCGCUGGCAAGCAGAUUCUGGGGCUUGCUGGCUCACAUUCCGGGACUCAAGAACAUUGCCAACAACAAGUUGGAAGCAAUGAACGUGAAGGAGAGUAAUGCUGUGCGGCAGAUUAAUCCGGCAAUGUUCCAUGAAACUACCACAGUGACAGAGACUGUGCACCACAGCAAGUGA